ACUUACUGCUGCUAGUCAUUCUUUUUAUUUUUAUUUUUCAUCAUCAUCCAAAGAACCGGACGAAAUUUCGUUUCCAGUUUCUCUCAGACAUUUUCUAUUGGAAUUUGGAAAGAAGAGGACGACGUCCUUCACAUUCUCUCUCAUAACGAAACAAAACACAACAAUGUUUGGUGAACUCCAAUUCCCCAACACCAACACAACCCGGCAUAGGGCUUCGUUCCAGACCCUCGUCUCUCACUCUCAUUGGAUCUGACUUCUACUCCAAAACGCCGUGUAGAUUCGUGCCCUUCUUUGUCUGAUCCCCUCGGUUUUCCAUUUACGUGCUCCAAAUUGAACCUGAACACCAUAGUUUCCGAGGAAUACUAUCACGGUGAUAAAUCCCGGUCCGACCCGAUUGAUUUUGGGCAUUUUCAUUGAAAUGGGAAUGCCCAGUAAACAAUGAGCAAAGCUGGGGACGAAGAAGAGGAAGAAGAGCGCUUUUACGAGUCUAACGACCGGCUAGUUUCGUCCUCUUGCUCCUGCUCCGCUUCCAACUCAGAUGACGACAACGACAAUGGCUCCAGUCCCAACUCUCCCAAUUAUGGUUCGGACCUACCCUUCCCCGUACCCAAAUUCCCCGCGGCCUUGUGCAAGUACGAUGUUUGGAUCUCCGAACCGUCAUCGGUUUCCGAACGCCGGACCCGUCUUCUUCGCGAGAUGGGUCUCGCCGGCGACCCGUCAUUGUCCCAGGGAAAGGCUGCCUCUGCCGAUAAUCUUAGAGGAAUGGCCAAUGGAGAGUUUGGCCGAUCGGCUUCUACCGAUCACGUGAGUCGCCAACAACAGGAUGAAACUUCUGGUUGCACUGCCGGCAUAUCCCGAUCGAAAUCAGGCGGUGGCACGGAUCUUGGUGACUUGCAAUUGUGUACUGGUCAGUUUCGUCGUCAUCGCAAUAAAUCUACUUCUUCCUUUUGUUCUUCAAUCCUUUCUUUUCACUCGGUCGCUUCAGAGAACGGCUCAUUUGUAAAUAGCCGGAAUCAAAUCGUUAAGUCGACGUGCGGCAAUGGCAAUGAAUCCCCGAUUGCUAGUGCCGCCUUCCCCAAUAAGCCGCCUUCAGGGAAAAAUUGCAGAAGGGUAGAUGAAAUCCGAAGUGGCUCCUCGAACUUGAGGGUGGAUUUUGGUCAGUUUUCGGUGGAGCCAGUUCUGGAGAACGCAGGUCGUGGCGAGGGGGAGGAAGGUGCGGACUGUAAUGGACUUGACAGGGCUGAUGAACAAGUGUGCACCAUAAGAAAUCUCGAUAAUGGGAAAGAGUUUGUAGUCAAGGAGAUUAGGGAGGAUGGGACGUGGAAUAAAUUAAAGGAAGUCGGAACUGAAAGGCAGUUGACCAUGGAGGAGUUUGAGAUGACAGUGGGCCACUCGCCAAUUGUUCAAGAAUUGAUGAGACGACAACAUUUCGAGGAGGGUAACAAGGACAAUGUAGAUUUAAAUGCAACUGUAACUGCAAAUGGUGGCAGUGGAGGUGGUACCAAGGUAAAGAAGAAAGGGAGUUGGUUUAAGAGUAUAAAGAGUGUUGCUUGCGCCAUGACGGGUUAUAAGGACAGACGGAGCAGUGAUGAAAGGGAUACUUCGUCAGAAAAGGGUGGGCGGAGGUCAAGUUCUGCUACAGAUGAAAGCCAAGAUGCUUAUUUACAUAGGCUUGGAAGAGUACGGGUUAGGCAGUAUGGCAAGUCAUGUAAAGAGGUCACUGCACUCUAUAAGAGCCAGGAGAUACAUGCUCAUAAUGGAUCUAUAUGGAGCAUUAAGUUUAGUUUGGACGGACAGUAUCUUGCUAGUGCAGGUGAGGAUUGUGUAAUUCAUGUGUGGCAAGUUGUGGAGUCAGAAAGGAAGGCGGAGCUGCUGGUGGAGAAACCAGGCUAUGGGAAUAUGAAUACGUUAUUUGUUAUGAAUGGAUCCACUGAACCAACCUUGCUAUCCCCAAGCCAUCCAGAGAUGAAGAGACGGGGGAGGUCAUCCAUCAACAGAAAAUCACUGAGCUUGGACCAGUUAGGGGUGCCAGAAACUAUGUUUGCACUGACAGAAAAACCUAUUUGCACAUUCCAAGGUCAUCUUGAUGAUGUGCUUGAUCUAUCUUGGUCCAAAUCUCAGCAUUUGCUUUCCUCUUCAAUGGACAAAACGGUACGGCUGUGGCAUGUAUCUAGCAACUCUUGUCUGAAAGUUUUUACACACACUGACUAUGUGACUUGCAUCCAGUUUAAUCCCGUUGAUGAUAGAUACUUCAUUAGCGGAUCUUUGGAUUCCAAGGUUCGCAUAUGGAGUAUUCCUGAUCGUCAAGUUGUUGAUUGGACUGAUUUGCAUGAGAUGGUCACUGCUGCUUGCUACACACCUGAUGGGCAGGGUGCACUGGUAGGUUCAUGCAAGGGUAGCUGCCAUUUGUAUAAUACAUCUGAAAAUAAAUUGCAAAAAAAAAGUGAGAUUUUUCUGCAGAACAAGAAAAAGAAGUCAAAUCUCAAGAAAAUUACUGGCUUCCAGUUUGCUCCAGGAAGUUCAUCAGUACUCAUUACAUCUGCUGAUUCUCAAAUUCGAUUGGUUGAUGGUGUCGAUCUGGUUCAUAAGUUCAAAGGAUUUCGCAACACAAAUAGCCAAAUUUUAGCCUCGUUCACAGAGAAUGGAAAAUAUAUAGUCUCAGCAAGUGAGGAUUCCCAUGUGUACAUAUGGAAAAAUGAAGCUAAUUGCAGGCCCAACAGAACCAAAGGUGUCACUAUCACUCAGUCCUAUGAACAUUUUCAUUGUACAGAUGUGUCAGUGGCUAUUCCUUGGCCUGGUAUGGGCGAUGCAUGGGAAAUGCAAGGUACUUUAUCUGGAGAACAAACCAGAGCUGAUAGUAUCCCCAUCGGCGUCUCAUCGGUGAAUCAUCCCCCAACCCCGGUAGAUGAAAGCUUUGGUAAUGAGGCAUCAGGUUCCAACAAUGAUGCACUUCAUGGAACUAUAGCCAGUGCUACAAACAGUUAUUUUUUUGACAGAAUUUCCGCAACAUGGCCAGAAGAAAAACUUGUUCUUGCUGCCAGGAGACGAAGCCCUCGAGUUAGCGUGGACAUCUCAGACGGGGUUAAUCAAAACAUGUCAGCCUGGGGUCUGGUGAUGGUAACUGCUGACCUUCGAGGGGAAAUUCGAGCUUUUCAGAAUUUUGGAUUGCCACUGCGGAUAUAGGAGGUGAGUUUGUGAUGUCAGCUCAGAAGAACAAUUGUACAGGGGGAUUUGUAAUAUUGGCAGGGGCUUCCACUAUUUAUUUUUUAUUUUUAUUUUUUAAUGUUCUUGUGCUUGUCGGAUGAGUUGGGUCGCCAUCUGAUCAGGCAUGGAGUAGAAAAUGAAAAGAAAAGAAGUUAACUAAAGAGGAAAACAAAGAAGAGGUUUACGUCAGAAUUUUAAGUCCGAUGAAUUUACGUAGUCAGGAAAUGUAGAGCAACGAGCAAGGGAAGAGUUUAAUGAAUUACAGGUGAAGAUUCUUUUA